CCGUACCCUCACACAAAGCCCAGACGCGGAGAAAAUGGCGGCAGGGGUCGAAGCGGCGGCCGAGGUGGCGGCGACGGAACCUAAAAUGGAGGAGGAGAGCGGCACGCCCGGCGUGCCAAGUGGCAACGGGGCCCCGGGCCCGAAGGGUGAAGGAGAGCGACCUACUCAGAAUGAGAAGAGGAAGGAGAAAAACAUAAAAAGAGGAGGCAAUCGCUUUGAGCCAUAUGCCAAUCCAACUAAAAGAUACAGAGCCUUCAUUACAAACAUACCUUUUGAUGUGAAAUGGCAGUCACUUAAAGACCUGGUUAAAGAAAAAGUUGGUGAGGUAACAUACGUGGAGCUCUUAAUGGACGCUGAAGGAAAGUCAAGGGGAUGUGCCGUUGUUGAAUUCAAGAUGGAAGAAAGCAUGAAAAAAGCUGCGGAAGUUCUAAACAAGCAUAGUCUGAGUGGAAGACCACUGAAAGUCAAAGAAGAUCCUGAUGGUGAACAUGCCAGGAGAGCAAUGCAAAAGGUGAUGGCUACGACUGGUGGGAUGGGUAUGGGACCAGGUGGCCCAGGAAUGAUUAAUAUCCCACCCAGUAUCCUAAAUAAUCCUAACAUCCCAAAUGAGAUUAUCCAUGCAUUACAGGCUGGAAGACUUGGAAGCACAGUAUUUGUAGCAAAUCUGGAUUAUAAAGUUGGCUGGAAGAAGCUGAAGGAAGUUUUUAGUAUGGCUGGUGUGGUGGUCCGAGCAGACAUUCUUGAGGAUAAAGAUGGAAAAAGUCGUGGAAUAGGCACUGUUACUUUUGAACAGUCCAUUGAAGCUGUGCAAGCUAUAUCUAUGUUUAAUGGUCAACUGCUAUUUGAUAGACCAAUGCACGUGAAAAUGGAUGAGAGGGCCUUACCAAAGGGAGAUUUUUUCCCUCCUGAGCGUCCACAGCAACUUCCCCAUGGGCUUGGUGGUAUUGGCAUGGGGUUGGGCCCAGGAGGACAGCCGAUCGAUGCCAAUCACCUGAAUAAAGGCAUUGGCAUGGGAAACAUAGGACCCGCAGGAAUGGGAAUGGAAGGCAUAGGAUUUGGCAUAAAUAAAAUGGGAGGAAUGGAGGGACCUUUUGGUGGCGGUAUGGAAAACAUGGGUCGAUUUGGCUCUGGGAUGAACAUGGGCAGAAUAAAUGAGAUGGAGCGUGGCUUGGGUGGAGGAUUUGAGAGAGACUUUGCCAGAAACAAGAUGGGAAUGUUUCGAAGCUCUGGACAGCCCCAUGGCAGAGGCAUGGAAAUCCUAAGUAAUGCACUGAAGAGAGGAGAGAUCAUUGCAAAGCAGGGAGGAGGUGGAGGUGGAGGCAGUGUCCCUGGGAUCGAGAGGAUGGGCCCUGGCAUUGACCGCAUUGGGGGUGCCGGCAUGGAGCGCAUGGGCGCAGGCCUGGGCCAUGGCAUGGAUCGCGUGGGCUCCGAAAUUGAGCGCAUGGGCCUGGUCAUGGACCGCAUGGGCUCAGUUGAGCGCAUGGGCUCGGGCAUCGAGCGUAUGGGCCCACUGGGCCUCGACCACAUGGCCUCCAGCAUCGAGCGCAUGGGCCAGACCAUGGAGCGCAUCGGCUCCGGAGUGGAGCGCAUGGGUGCCGGCAUGGGCUUUGGCCUCGAGCGCAUGGCCGCGCCCAUCGACCGCGUGGGCCAGACCAUUGAGCGCAUGGGCUCUGGUGUGGAGCGGAUGGGCCCUGCCAUCGAGCGCAUGGGCCUCAGCAUGGAGCGCAUGGUGCCCGCAGGCAUGGGGGCUGGCCUGGAGCGCAUGGGCCCUGUGAUGGAUCGCAUGGCCACCGGCCUGGAGCGCAUGGGCGCCAACAACCUGGAGCGCAUGGGCCUGGAGCGAAUGGGCGCCAACAGUCUCGAGCGCAUGGGCCUGGAGCGCAUGGGCGCCAACAGCCUGGAGCGCAUGGGUCCUGCCAUGGGUCCGGCCCUGGGCGCUGGCAUUGAGCGCAUGGGCCUGGCCAUGGGUGGCGGUGGCGGUGCCAGCUUUGACCGCGCCAUCGAGAUGGAGCGAGGCAACUUUGGAGGAAGCUUCGCAGGUUCCUUUGGCGGAGCUGGAGGCCAUGCUCCUGGGGUGGCCAGGAAGGCCUGCCAGAUAUUUGUGAGAAAUCUCCCAUUUGAUUUUACAUGGAAGAUGCUAAAAGACAAAUUCAACGAAUGUGGCCACGUGCUGUAUGCCGACAUCAAGAUGGAGAACGGGAAGUCCAAGGGGUGCGGUGUGGUUAAGUUUGAGUCGCCAGAGGUGGCUGAGAGAGCCUGCCGGAUGAUGAAUGGGAUGAAGCUGAGUGGCCGAGAGAUUGAUGUUCGAAUUGAUAGAAAUGCUUAAGCAGUUGCCUUUUUUAAACAUCGAUACCAGACCUCUGAAUUUGUAUUUUUUCUUGUUAACCAUUUUAAUUUGUUGGCUGGAUGUAUAAAGAUGUUUAAAAAAUUCAGUUGCUUUUUGGGGUAAUUUGAAUUACUUUUUUAAUGACUGGGGUUCCAUUUGACUGUUUGCAUUGAGAUUGCAAUGUGCGCAAUUUUUUUUGUAGUUGUGGCAUCUUGUUGACAUCGAAUAUGACUUUGAUAAUAAAUACCAGUUCCUGAAAAGA